AUGCGCCUAGUGUCAGGGUCAUCCACGAAUUCCAUGCCUUACCUGAACUCUGCCCACUCCCCGACCGGUCCAGGUCUGUCGCCAUUCACCCCAGACAACCCUUCGGCUCCGACAGCGCCUUUCAACGGUGGUAUGCACCAAGCCUCGAACGGCCUAACAGCCCCUACAUCCGAUCCAUCUACGCAUCCAAACAGGGGAAGUGGCGACUUUAAUGAUUCACGAAGGAGCAGUGUUGCUUCUAACGGCAUCCACGCGGGAAUGAAUAACCUGGUGCUGGGACCGACCUCUCCGUACACCAGCAACAAUGCAUCUCAGACCUCGCUAGUCUCUGGCUUACAGAGAGAAAGAGGAAUACAGACAAACGGAUAUCCCGGCGGAACCAGUCGCUACUCCACAAUGAGUGGUGGGUCGAUCGCAUCUUACGGCUCUGGUCGGGGCGGAAGAGGUGGUUUUGCGGCAGGUCGAGUAGCACCGCCCAUUUUGGAAAACCCCAAACAAGAGGUCUACAGUGCAGAAGCCCCUACUCGCGGUCAGGCAUAUGCUUUUCCCGACCCAGAUGCGCCUCGACCUGGGGGACGGCCGCCUUCAGAGUUUUCACGCAGGAACAGUUUUGCCGAGUCUUUUACUAGCAGUAUUCUGACCGUAGAGUCAUCCAGAUUGCCACCCGGGCAGCAUGAACUUCCCGAGGCUCAUCAUCACAGCCUGCAGCACAAGCAUAUCGAUAGUCUACGAGGCGACCCUGAUUCGCCCAAUGGGACCACUCCAUACAGUCGCACACCAGAGCUCCGAGUUACUCACAAACUCGCGGAGCGCAAGAGGAGGAGCGAGAUGAAGGAUUGUUUUGAACAGCUACGGACCCGACUACCGUCAAGUCAGAACAACAAGUCUAGCAAAUGGGAAACUCUAUCGAGAGCCAUCGAUUAUAUCUCUCACCUUGAGACCCAGAACAAGCAGCAGCGCGCCGAGUCUGAAGGUCAGCGUAUAAAGAUGGCAGAGUUGGAGGCUAAAAUGUUAGAGAUGAGUCGCCAGAUGCAGAGUAUACAGCAGACACAAGGCUCCUUCCCUCCGGCACCUAGCGUCAUGCCGCAGAGCCCACUGGAAUACGGCAAUCACUAUAACAAUCACCUCAACGGUGCAAACGAGCCUGCACGAACACUGCCGCCAAUCAUGAGCAGCAACUCCAUGCAAGGCAUACAAUAUGAUGACAGACGAUAA